UACGCGAGGAUUUUGGAUGCUUUUGUAAUCUAUAGGCACCUCCCAGUCAAUUAUUGAUCGAAGAUGUGGAUAUUUGUAAUCUCAAUACAAGAACCUAUCAGUUAAUUAUUGAUCGUGCAUUUGUUCAACUAGGAACUAAUCAUAUGUUGCCAUGUGCCAAAUGGAAUUGGCACAUGACCUCUUUUGAGAAUCAUUGCGCAGAAAUCGAAAGUUCCUUUAACAUGUUGUAUUUAUCGAGGGUAGAUUCAGAGAAAUAGAUUUAGAAUGUGGUAUAAUUGAGGGGUGGUCGAAAGAAGCAACGCUCUUAAGCCGAGGGCUCCGUAUGCGAGGCCUUUACCGAGUAUACCCUAACAAGAUUAAACGCUGAUUCUAUUAGUAAUGUUUGUGUGAGUGUGUGUAUGUUUUCGUGUGUGUGUAUUAUCGCUAGUGUGUUAUGCUAUAAUUCAGAGUAGAAAGGGGAUUCACCAGGUCAAACGAUGUUUAACUUGAACCUGUAUCGAAUUAUAACACCAUGAGUUGAGCUUCGAAUUCAGUAGGGAACGGUCUAGUGAGGCACUGGCUAAUAACACUGUCAUGUAUUCAUGAAUCAUCAUAGACGCCUAUGUAUGGAAAGUUCAUUUGUUCAUAAGGUCGUGGAAUGAGGGAGAGUUUACUGCUGAUAGGGCUUUGCCUUGGAAUUAUGGUGUGGAACGCUGAAACUUCAAUGAAAUCGCAGGAUGUGCGCGUGCGCGAGAGUCGUUCACCGUCGUUCCGUUACCGGCCGAACACGACAGGACUGUGCCACGGGCCGUGCACCGAGGUGCAUCCACCACAGCACAGACAUUUGCUGCUAGUUGCAGCGGACGAUGAGAGACAGCAACAACUGCGCAGCUGUUCAGUUACUCGGAGACUGUCGGCCGCGUUUGUGGCAGACAUCGAGGAAGAGCCGGGUGUUCUAGUUCUGAGCGCCGACCUGGGACUGCUGGAGCCAAUGGUGGCUGUUUUCGGCAACGUGUCCGUGUUUGUCGAGUCUGAAGAGCCGUCCAGACUCGCGCGGGAGCGUUGUCGGUCGAUGCCUGGCAAGUGCUUCGCUUUGGACAGUUUGAUCCCCGUUCUGGAGCAGCUGAGUCGCUGGAGACGUCACCACCAGACGUCCGCCAGUCUGCUGGAUGUUCCCGAUGCAAGAUGGCUGCCGGUGCCUUCUCCCACCGCCCUGGCGGACGACUCGGCCGCUGGGUCAGCGCGACUGCAGCUUCAGCAGCUCGUAGCGAGUCUCUGCCUACGGCACAGACGUUUCAAUCGUUUUCUGGAGAUGGUAGCUCAUCGCGCCACCGUUCGUCCUGCUAUCGCGGACCAUGAUCAUGAUAUGAUUGAUAGCAGUACUACAAUGAUAACUGAAGCAAGUCUUUCCCUCAGGGAUAUAUUACCAUUGAAUCCAAAACACUACGACAAGAACAGAGCACCGAAGAUGCAGGGCCAGCCCACCAUGGUCUACUUCCAUGUGACGGUGCUCUCGCUUGAUUCCAUCAAUGAAGAGUCUAUGACAUAUGUAGCUGAUAUAUUCCUUGCACAAAGUUGGAGAGAUCCAAGACUACGCCUUCCCGAAAAUAUGAGCGAAGAAUAUAGAAUUUUAGAUGUAGACUGGUUGCACAAUAUAUGGCGACCAGAUUGCUUUUUUAAAAAUGCCAAAAAAGUGACAUUCCAUGAAAUGAGUGUACCAAAUCACUAUUUAUGGCUUUAUCAUGAUAAAACACUUCUUUAUAUGUCCAAGUUAACUUUAGUGCUGUCGUGUGCUAUGAAAUUCGAAUCUUAUCCUCACGAUACACAAAUCUGUUCAAUGAUGAUUGAAAGUUUAUCUCAUACGGAUCACGAUUUAGUGUUCAUAUGGAAUAUGACGGAUCCGUUAGUUGUGAAUCCAGAGAUAGAACUGCCACAGCUGGAUAUUUCAAAUAAUUACACAGCUGAUUGUACAAUAGAGUACUCAACAGGUAAUUUUACCUGUUUGGCGGUUGUAUUUAACCUACGUCGGCGGCUUGGUUACCACUUAUUUCACACGUACAUUCCAUCAGCUUUGAUUGUUGUUAUGUCUUGGAUAUCAUUUUGGAUCAAACCUGAAGCUAUACCUGCCAGAGUAACUCUAGGUGUUACUUCACUUCUAACUCUAGCAACCCAGAAUACUCAAUCACAAAAAUCGCUGCCACCUGUAUCAUAUGUGAAAGCCAUCGACAUAUGGAUGUCUUCAUGUUCUGUAUUCGUGUUUCUGUCAUUGAUGGAGUUCGCUGUGGUGAAUAACUACAUGGGCCCUAUAGCUACCAAAGCUAUGAAAGGAUAUUCAGAGGAGGAUAUACGUUCUGGUGCCGAUGAUCUAAAGGCGCUGGAUCCAAACAGCAGAAUUCCUCCACGAAGAAGUGUUCCCAGUGUGCCUCAGUAUCCAACUUUCUGCAACGGGCGUGAGGUAGCAGUCUACAUCGAUAAAUUCUCUAGAUUCUUCUUUCCGUUCUCGUUUUUUGUUCUGAACAUUGUUUACUGGACUGCGUUUCUGUGAUACGAGAUGGAUCAUUCGUUUUUGUACUUCAUACCAUAGUUCUACAAAUAUAGUUCAUACAAUUCGUUCUCGUAUCGAUGAGCUUUGAAUAGCGUGAUGAUCAAGAACAUCAGUUGGUUAUCGUUAAAAUAAUAUGAAUUGCUAUUAUUUCGAUUUGAUUAUCAUGAUCUUUUCAUAAACAGAAUAUAGGCUACGAUGAUUACGAAUGUGUUUGAUUUAUGUAAUUGAUCGACAAUAGUGAUUUUAAUUUACUUUAUCACUGUAAGUUCGCUCCACACACAUUAUAUAUUCACGGAGCUCAAGUGAUCUUUUUGAAGAAAGUCGAAUUUGAGUUUCACAA